GUGGUGUUGAAAUUGAAUGUACCCCCAGAAACUGACUAUAUACAUGCGAACUGGAUGCACAUGGAGGGUUGUGAACGAAGAUAUAUCGCAACUCAGGGACCACUUGAUUCAACCAUCGGUGACUUCUGGCGUAUGAUUUAUCAAGAAUCUAUUGCCACAAUUGUGAUGCUAUGCAAAAUAAUUGAGAGCGGCAAAACGAAAUGCUCACAAUAUUGGCCUGAGAAACCUGGAACUAAACUACGAUUUUCCAUUUUGACCAUCGAAAACCAGGCGUUGAGUACAGAAAGGAAAUUUCCUGUUUACAAUUUGAAAGUAUCAAAAGGUGAUGGUGAUAAGAACAUGUUAAAAGUUCGCUUGCUUCAUAUGAGCGAGUGGCCUGAUCGUGCUGUUCCAACGAGUGGUUAUGCCGUUCUACGCUUGAUUCGUAUGAUUCCGACGGUGAAAGAUAUUGUGGUUGAGAUGCGCAAACAACGAUGCUACAGUGUUCAGAAUGAGGCACAAUACAUUUUCAUACAUACAACUGCACUGGAUUACAUUCGGGUGAAAAUGCCAACCGUUAAAGCAUUCGUCGAAGACUUUCAUAAGAAAGUGAAUGCGUCAAAUAUAGUCGGAUGA